AUGCAAUCUUGGAUCCAAGCUUUGUUAAUAUGCGCGUCUCUGUUCUUCCACAAUCAGCAGCACGUAUACUUUUGUCAAGCAAAUCCAGAUAACGACGACAACAAUCAUAAUAGUAACAAUAAUAAUCAGCACACUACCAACGUUCGAGUCUCUUUGGAAGAACUCGGCAAGGUACAAGGAACUCGGAGCCAAGGCCUGGAUUUCUUUGGAGGAAUUCCCUAUGCUUCUCCUCCAGUAGGAAGAUUACGCUGGGCGCCACCGGAAGAACCACCCAGUUGGAAACCUCACAUCUUGGAUGCCUCCCAAUUCGGUCCCGAUUGUCAUCAAAUUCCGGACGAAGUCGCCAACCCCUUUGCGUCCAUGGACUCCAUGUCCGAAGAUUGUUUGUAUCUCAAUAUUUACACACCCGCUGGAGCCUCGUCCUUGACGCGGCGCACCCAAUUUCCCGUCAUGGUGUGGUUCCACGGAGGUGCCUUUCAAACCGGAGCCGCGAAACGACCCGAAUACGAUGCCCGUCGGUUGGCCCAAGAAGAACAUGCGAUUGUGGUCACGGUCAACUAUCGAUUGGGAGCCUUGGGAUUCAUGGUAGCCAGUGAAUUGGGAUUGCUGGGUAAUUUUGGAUUGAUGGAUCAGCGAGCAGCACUCUACUUUGUCAAACGGCACAUUGCCAAAUUUGGAGGCAAUCCCAAUUCCAUCACCUUGUUUGGGGAAUCGGCGGGUGCUGUAAUGAUUGGAUUGCAUUUGCAAAUGGAGAAUCCGGAUCUAUUUCACAAGGCAAUUCUGCAAUCAAAUCCAAUGGGAUAUCAGUUUCGGAGUGUCGUGGUGGCAGAUUUCCUUGGGGAUGCCAUGCGACGAGCCGUCGAUUGUCGUGACUUGCAAUCCUUGAGAGCCGAACCAGUGGAAGAAAUCAUGAGGGCGCAGUCGGCCUUGAUGGGAAUUCCCCGUAGCGUUGGAGAUUUUUUCACUUGGGGACCAACACUGACGCAUCAUCGGACGGUUUACUCCUCUUCGGCUUCUGACACCGGUGCGGAAAAAAGAACUACCACCAGUUCGGGUACUUCCAUCAUUCGACUCGACCGCCAUCCUCGUUACUUUUCAGUGGAUGCCUACGGUGCCAAACAAAGGGAGGCCAAUAAGUUUGCUGUCAACGUAUCACAACCCAUGUUGAAUUUGCAUUUGAUUCCUGAUCACAUUCCAAUCAUCAUUGGCACUAACCGACACGAGGGUGAAAUGUUUGUGCAUUCAGCGUUUCCACUCACCAUGAGCAAACCUGUCUAUUGGAUGUUUGUUGGGGCCCUAUUCAAGGACUCGGCUACCAGAGUACUAAAGCAUUAUCGUCCCUACAUUGAGCAACUGGAAUUGGAAGCCCAAAAGACUGCACAGGAUCAAAUGCAAGAAGAGGAAUCAAAGCAGUUCUACAUGGAAAACGAAGCCAUGCUGGAAGCCGAAUACCAGAGGUUCUUCAACUCCACGAAUCAGGAUGAUGAAAGUCCCUUUGUGGUUUCAGACGAAACUGUGGAAAAGCUGGUCAAGACAUUCAAUGCUGGAGGGGCACAGGAGGUAGAAAACCCCGAAGAAUCGGUCAAAGAAACUGUUGUCGAAGAGAUUGGAGCUCUUGACGAAGAGCAAUCCAAUAGCUGGUUUAAUAAUCCCUUUCGUUCAGACCCAGAGAAACAAGAGUUGAAGAAACGACUAAAGGAAGAACGCAUGAAGCAACGAGCGUUGAAAGAUGCCGCCAAGGUGAAAAUCGAUUAUCGACCAGUCAUGAGUCGCAUUAUUAACGAUUACUUGUUCCGGUGUUCGAGUUGGCAUUAUGCACAUCUCAUUUCCAAGAAUCGAGUGUACAAGCGCAAGAACAACAAUGUCUAUGUCUACCGAUUCUCACAACCCACUCAUGUUCCAGGUUACAAAGAGUGCUGGGGAAAGGCAUGCCACACGGCGGAGUUGCCAUAUGUCUUUGCAACGAUGGAUGUCAUUCGUUCCAAUUAUUCCACACUAAGCAAGUAUGCCCAAGAGGAAGCACCCGUGCCACCAGACUACCGAUAUACUCAAAUAUUGAAGGCUCAUCGAGGAGAACUAGAGGAGUUUGCUACUGGUGUAUCCACAACUACAAAUGCCACUGCAUCAGAACUUCUUUCGAGCUAUCCAAAGUCAUUUCAGAAGAUCCUGAAGCAUUUCUUUGGCGACUACUUCAUCGACGACCCUGACGAGGAAAUUGCCUCGGACAUGGCUCGAAGAUGGGUCGCCUUUGCACGGACAGGGGAUCCCAAUUAUGAGGGUGCGAAGAUCCAAUGGCUCCCUUGGCGAUACACUCCGAAAGAGGAAGAGCAGUCAGCGUCGUCCCAUGACUACGUUCCAUGGAAGGAAGACUUCGAUGUCUGGUCGGAAGAAGAUUUGACAAAAGAUUCGUCUUGGUCCGAUAACAAACUCGGAAGAGCGUUUCGUCGACGAGCAUUGGAGGCAUUGCAUAUGGAAGUGAUCGAGGACGAUGGACUUCGGACAGAACUGAAACGAACGAGUAUCAAUCAGAAAGAAACCGCCACUUUUUCAGCCAUGAAUUUCUUGGCUCAUUUAGGACUCUUUGAAGAGGAGAAGGAUGAUGAUCUACCAACGAAAAAUGCUAGUAGACAAGUGCAGAGGAUUGCUCAAGAAAUGGGAGUUCUGGGCACUGGGUUGAAAGGAAGCGACGAGAAUCGAGGAACAUCAGCCUACAACAAUUGGGAUGACGAUUUCUUUCCACAGCUAUUGGAGCUGAAGUGGCCACCAGAAGACCGACUGAUCGAACGGGAUUGCACUUGUGACUUCUGGGAGAAAAUUCGAUAUCGGUAUUGA